AUGACGAGAAAGGAACCAAAAGGCCCGCUCGUCAAGAUUACCUCUGCAAAUGCCCAGGAGCUGGCCAACUUGGCCCAGGCUGCUGGGGACCCUGCGGGGGCGCAGCGGUACCUGGAGCUGGCCGCUGCGGGCAAAGCUGCAGAGCCGCAGGCACCGGCUGCCCGCCAGCGCUGGCAGAAGGCGGAGCAGGAGCACGCGGACAUCACCCGCAAGCUGCAGAGCGAGAUGGACAAGCUCGACCGCUGGCGAAAGUCGCAGGCGAACCUCAUCAGCACAAUCGCGGACGUCCAGCUCAAGAUGGACGCCGCGGAGCAUGAGGUCAAGACUGCUUUGGCCGAGAUCCAGAGCGAGCACGCCGAGAGGGAGGCCAGCCAGCGGCAGAGUCAGCCUACCAUCAGCAUUCGUAAGCUGGUGGAGGGCGAGGUCCAGCUUGACAACAUCCUCAGCAUGGACGUCUUCCUGGGCACGGAGGCUGUUUUUGCUGAUUACGAUCUGGACCCUGGCGACAAGGAUGAGCUCGAGCAGCGCAAGACCGACGUCGCCAAGCAGAUCCAGGCCGGCCUGGCCCAAAUGUUCACGGGGGCCUUGGACAAGGCCAAGGAGGCCAUCGAGGCCCAGCGCAAGCACGUCUCGCGCUUGGAGGGGAAGAGGCGCAGGACGGGCACGGGUGGUCGGCGGCCAUGCUGCCGAUGCCUCGCGAAGGGCUCCGUCAAAAAUCAAUGCGGCAAAUUGCGGUACUCAGAGCAGGCGCCAGGCCCCAAGACGUGGAAGCUUGCCACCGUCAAGGUGACCUCGGCGCAGGCGGAGGGACAAGAGAUCUCAGCCGUGGGGCCCAUGCUCGCACGCUGGGACUUCGACGGAAUGGCCAUCCAGGAACACAAAAUCUUGCCGGGCAAGACGGACGACGUGGUCUCACGCCUGCGUCAUGAGGGGUGGCACGCUGCUUUGCCGCCUGCAGAGCCUGGCAAGACGGUGCACUCUGCCUUCUCGGGCGUUGGCGUUGCAAUGCGGUCUGACAUUGCGAUGGCCAGGCCACCAGCGCUGGGCGAGACCUCAGUGCGCCUCAGUCUACGAGAUUCGUGGCGCAACUGUGCGAGGGCAUGGUGCCUGGCGGAGUUGAUCAAGCUUGGCGAGCUUCGCACUUUCCCUGCCACGAUCGUCGCGCCUGACAGGUGGACGUGUACGGCGGGCAAAGGGAGAACCACCGACCAUUCCCUCGUGUCCGACAGCGAAAGGGGCAUGGUGAGGUUAAUCUACCGCUUGGACGGGCUCCCCAUCGCCACGCACCGGGGGGACCUGACCUGGGCAUGCGCAUUAUGGGCCACGAAUGCUGAGAAGGAGUUGGUGGACCGCUUUCAGCUCCCAGCAUCCCAGACCAAGCAGCAACAGGGGCGUGGGGACCUCGACGCGCCCAGGAUGAAGCUGGUUGCCGCUACCCGCAAGACGCCCAACCAGGCGGCGGAGGGAAGCCAGUUAUCUCGUUGGUGGCAGAAGACGGGAGCUGCACGUAUCGACCUCUCUAUGGCCGUGGCCAAGGCGAUAAACAUCCAAUCCAAAUUCAUCCAGGACAGGCUCAACACCAUCAGAAAGCUCCGCAAGGUCAAGUACGCGGACGCCAAGUGGCAGACCUGGACGACAAGGGCCACAGCAGAAUGGUGCCUGAGCGAGGACUGGAUGAAGGACAUGAGCUGGGUGGCUGUCAAAGAGGCCAAUGCCAUGUGGAGUCAAGGCGGCAAGGGCCAUGCCUGCUUCUGCGACUGCGCGUUCGACUUCGGAGACGAGGAGGCCCCACCUGUGGCCACGCCAGCUAUGAUCCAAACGGCGGCGAAGACUUUCAGUCCCAAGACCGCCUCAGGGAUCGACCGGUGGGGGCCAAGGUCCUUCCUUAUGUUCUCUGAUGCUUCCCUUGAUGCUUUCGCGCACGUCAUGGACCAAGCCGAGCGCAUCUGGAGGUUGCCGCAGCACCUGCGGAACACGAUCCUCCCACAGCUGCCCAAGCCUGACGGGGGACACCGGCUCAUCGGCCUGAAGCCUGAUGCCCUCAGGGUUUACAAUGGGGCUCACAAAUAUCAGCAGGAUCGUUGGAACCAGCAGCACAAGCGCGACUACGAGUACGCGCGCGCUGGGAAGAGCACCGAGCAGGCAGUCUGGGAGCACGCCCUACUCACUGAGGAUGGCUAUUUGUUGCAGUGCUAUGGUGGACGGCGAUCGGUCAAGUUCGGCGCCAUGAUGAGCACAUUCAUCUACACAAAUCGUGGGGUCAUUGCUGGGUGCAGCUUCGCGGUGUCAGUCAUUAAGUGCUUCACGCUCGACGUCUACGACAGGCUCUACUACCUUUGGCCUAGCCUGGACAUCUCCCUGGUGGUGGACGACUCCACGCUCCAGUCCAGCGGCGCGGGGAAGCAGGUUGUCCAGGUCAUUUCGGAGGCCACUAAAGAGGCCUGCCGCCUGUUCGAGGGCAUCGCGAUGAUCGUCAGCGUGGACCAGGGCCAGGUGGCCAGGCAGUCCAGCGGCAACGAGCACAUAGGACGUUCCAGGAUUAUCCAGUUCAUGCUGUCCAACGACACCAAGAGCGACCCAACGUAUGAUGCCAACGCCCUCCCGCUGGUGACGUGGCUCAUUGCCAUGUGGAAGGGUUGGGCAACUCUAGAUCAAAUGAAGCUUGCAUUCAGGUUUGGGAGUUCAACGUCUGGCAAGUGGGGCGCCGUCAUCGGACCAGCUGGCGCAGUUCUGGCCACUCUGCGAAGGCUUGGCUGGACGGCACAAGCCUGGGACAAGCGGGCGAUACCGCAAAUGACCAUAGCCACAGAUGAUGCAAGGGUUGGCCCCUUGCACGGCCCCGGCAUUACCAUUAACCUCCAGGAGAUGGGAGGCUUCGAGGUAUUCCGCUCUUGGAGCCUGCUGCCCAACUGGCUCAUGAGCUUAGGCGGCAAGGCGAUCAUCGCGGAGCUGGCCUCAUCAGGACGUGGCUCGCGGGCGGCUUCUGGACCCAGGAGCAGCUCUACCAGCACGGCGCCGCCGUCUCCCCGCUGUGCGUUGCAUGCCGGCAGGAAGAGGGAACGCCACCGCACCGCAUCUACCGCUGCCUUUUCCAUGCGGCUGAACGGCAAGACUGGUGCGGUGAUGAGCGUCGCCUGCUGGUUCACGGCUGGCGGGAAUUCGGGCCGAGGCUGGGCAGUUGUUGUGGUCGACUCGCGCGGCAACAUGCUCGGUGCACUGUAUGGCCCUGUGCGGUUUCCUUGGGCUUGCUCGGGUUCGGGCGAAUUGUGGGCAGCAAUCUUCGCCCUGAAGUUCAAGGGGCCUGAGCCGAUCGUCAUCGUCACGGACUGCCUCGAGCUCAGGAAAGCCUGGGAGCGGAGGGACAACUGGGACUCCACUACAGACAACCAUCUGGGGGAGCUGUGGCGGAAGGUUUGGAGGCUUGUGGACGAGAUCGGGGUCGACGACAUCACCGUCGAGUAG